AUUUCGAUUCUCUGUCUCGACUUUAUCCCCUAAUGUUCCGCGGCUCGAGGGGAUCAUAUGCACGACUUACAUGUAUAUGUAUGUAAAUGUGUAAUAUUUCGCGAUCGUUGUAUUUUUCCUUUUUUUUUUUUUUUUUUAUACUCUAUCGACACCGAAUGUAUGUAGUAUGUAACGAUUUGUCCAAUUGACAAUUACAAGCGUACAACGACCACACGUAGUUUAUCGUAGUGGCCGCUUCUCGUUGCAUUAUUCCACCUUUCGCAGGAUUACGAGGAUUGUUAUCGUAAUAAUUUCUCUCUCUCUAUCUCUCUCUCUCUCUCUCUCUCUCUCUUCUUUUCUUUUUCUUCUUCCUUCCUCGACGAAAUGUGGAAUGGAAACGAUAAUCUCCUCGUAAUCCGUUCCAUUAUCCUUCACGAACCACCGUCUCAAUCGAGCAUGUUUCGAACGGUUGUUCGUCGAGUUUCGCGCGUGUGCACUUUCGACUGCAGCCGCGAUCGUGCGUCUCGAUUCAUUUUCUCUCCAUCGAGAGGAAAAGUAAAAGGGAAACGAACGGGUUUCGAAUGAGUACUUGCUCGUAAUUGAACCGAACUGAUAAUUAACGGAAGAGGGAGGGGGGGGGAUGGGAAGAAAAGAAAAGGAAAGGAAAAGAAAGGAAGAAACGGUCGGCAGCUGCAGUUCUGAUAGCGAGUGAAACGCGUGAAAAACCGCGCCCCUGUCCUGCAUCCCAACUGCUGCUCGAACCAACACUUUUUAGGCAAAAAUGCCAAAGAAAGAAAAUAGAGAGAGAAAAAAAUAGUAUGAAAUAACGUGUAAAAAAAAAAUGAAAAAAAAAAGAAAGAAAAAAGAAAAAAAAAGAGGAAAAAAUGAAAGGGAAAAAAAAAAAGAUAAGAAUGAAAAUAAGAGAAAAUAGAUAUACGAGAUUGCCGGUCUGGUUGCAACGUAAACGUGCCAGCGAACGUUGGGCCACGAUUAUAAUCGAUCAUGAUCUAAUAACGUGCAGCAUGCGACAUGAACGUUCACAAGAGAUGCGAGGAGAGCGUGCCGAAUCUUUGCGGAUGCGAUCAUACGGAGAGACGUGGUCGUAUAAACUUGUACAUCUCGUGCUCCGGAAGCAAGCUCACAGUCGAAGUGAAGCAGGGGCGAAAUUUGAUUCCGAUGGAUCCAAACGGAUUGUCGGAUCCGUACGUCAAGUUGAAGUUGAUUCCAGAUUCGGACACCGUGAAGAAGAAAACGAAGACGAUCAAAUCCUCGUUGAAUCCCGAAUGGAACGAGACCAUCGUUUUGUGAGUGAAA